AUGUGGACCUUGCUCAGCGGCCAGGAUCACAUGAGGUUUCAGGAGUCCGGGCUCCUCCUCGGGACGCGGCGGACAGUGCUCAAGGUCCUAACGGGUGUCUUUCUGCCGGCUGAACUGCCUGGGAAGAACUAUUUGCUGUACCGCUGCAAGAAUAAAGAUGAAUUUGUGAAGGACAUACCUCUCUUCGAUGAAUGGGCGCCGCGGCCGAUCGGCCUGGAGGGGCCUCGUGAGAACCCCGUCGUCGUGUUUCCCUUCCUUGCCCCUGAUGCUGAGCUCGACCCAAGUGACGGUGCAGAAAACCCCUCCCUAAACUCCCGACACAACCCGUACUCCUCGUCUUCUCCAAUCGACACACCCCGCCGCUCCGACACGGGCGCGUCGACGCCGGAGCUCCCCUGCUCAGCUUCACCGUGCUGCUCCCCUGCUCUCCCGCGCGUCCUCCUCCGCCGCCUGGGAGGCCUACGCCACCGCUCCCUCCUGCCUCGCGCAGCUCCCCUGCCCCCUUGCCUGCCUCCCAAAUCUCCCCUCUUUCACCCCCAAAGUCGUUUCUUCUUCCUCCCGCUGCGUCUCCUGCUUGCGCGCGGCGGCGACACCUCCUCCUCGUUGCCCCCGACGCCAGAGGAGGCACGGGGCAAGCAGCAGUGUCUCGCGCUGCGCUUGCGCCACCUCGGGUGCGCGUGGGACUAUGCACCGGUCGCCGCUUCGGCCGUGCGCCAGUCCGCAAAGGAGGAGGAAGGGGGUUCCGUUCGCCGCCAAGGCGUACUGGGUAUGCUCCUCGAGUCCCCGCUCUUCAGGCCCCUCCUCACCUCCCUCAUCAAGAAGCAGAACAACAUGACGCAGAACCUAUGUGUAGCUGCAGCAUACAGGUCAGUUCAUCAACUGCUCGAAGAAGAAAAGAAGCGCCGCUGCUGGAGCAGUAGACGUUUUGCACAAUAAGGUGCCGCAAGUCAUCAAAGCACAGACAGAGGGACUCCAUGAGGGCUACUCUGCCCAGAGGUGGGCCGGAUAGGUCUCAGCGAAGUUCAUCCAGCUGCUGGACCAAGUACAGUCUUAUCAUAAACCAAAGUAAGUUUCACAACACAAAUUCUCAGGCUCCUUAUCAUAAAUCAGAGGAUAUCAUUCCUAGCAUUAAGCAGUUUAAGGACUUACAACAGCUAAGUUGAUUUCAGUUUGCAAAACAGAGAAAAUUAGAUGUUUGAAGUGGGAUUGUCUGAUUGUACAGGCAUUUUGUAACACCUACUCCAUCUAGCAUCUAGCAACUCUGCAGUCUGAUUGUACAGGCAUUUUGUUUGGAACUGAAUUAAGUAUGCAGUCAUGAAGUGGUGAUUAUUUGAAGCAAUUAAGUAUGAUGGCAUUUUGUACUUCAGUUUAUUUAUACACAUUCUCAAAUCAUUCUCAGAUCCUGCCAUCUCUAUACAUAUUUUUUGUGCUUCAGUU